AUGCCUGCCUACCACAGCGUCUUCUUGGACGAGCCGAAUCAGCAGGUCAUUGGCAACUUUGCGUUGCUUCCGCUACGAACACGAACUCGCGGGCCGGCGCAACAGCUUCCGCCUCUAAGCGACGUUACAGAACUCGAUAUCGAGCCUUCGCAUCCCUCAUACGACCCUCUAGACGAGAUACUGUCGCUUUUCCGAGCGAACACCUUCUUCCGCAACUUCGAGAUCAAGGGUCCUGCAGAUCGAGUUCUCAUCUACGGUAUCCUGUUCGUGUCGGAGGCACUGUCUAAGAUACGGCCCGGUACCAACAGACGAGAUGCAGAGAAAGCUGUCAUGAACACGGCGUUAGACACGAACUUCGCGAUCCCCGGCGAUGCGGCUUUCCCGCUAAAUCAGGCAUUCGAACCACCCAGAGACCGCAAUGAGGCGGAGGUUCUAAGGCAGUAUAUUAUGCAAGUGCGGCAAGAGUUGGCUGCAAGGCUAUUGAACAGAGUCUACAUGGACGGCACAGGUGCGCCGAGCAAGUGGUGGCUGAGCUUCCAGAAGCGCAAGUUCAUGGGCAAGCAGUUGUGA